AUGUACGAUAAUGCAGAACUAGAUUCGACUUUCUCGGAAAGAGCCCGUGAAACAUGGGUCGUUCGAACUGCCAGUAGCUCAGCUACGGGCGGUCUGCAGCCGCGCCUUGCAAACUCACGAGAUGGCGGAAGCAAAACUUCUGUCCUUGUACUGACAGAGGAGCUCGAGGGUAAGAUCCAGACAGCCCUCGCUAUAGGAUGUGGUUACAGAUCUGCACUACAAGAUGCUCAGAAAUGGAGGCGCCGGAAGCUUAUGCAGCAAGCUGACAUCGCCGGGACUCUUGAAUCAUUCAAACACCGCUUGAGUGUCAAACGUUCGGAGAUCAUAUUGAACAAAGAACCAACCGUGUCGCAGAAGAAGACAUUGGAGACCUUAUCCCAGAACGUCGAGCGGCUUAAGGCUAGUCAAGCUAUUCUCGAAGAAAACUUAACAACAGGUGAACGAAACCUUGUGCAUGGUCUCAACAGAUGGCGUAAGGCUUGGGCAGACGUCGAUAAGAUAUUAGUCAAAGUUUGGCGAGAUGCAGGGCGAUUGGUGCCAAAUGACGAUUCUGAAGGAGACGAUGAAAACCCAACGAGAGAUAGUGGUUCGAAAGACAAAGAAAGACGCAAGAGGGCUCAUCCUAGUAAUAAUGAUAUAAAGGAUAUACUGUCAGCUAUGCCGGAGUUGGACUCUGGUCGACAGAAAAGGGCAGAAAGGCAACGACGCGAGGUCUUGAGCUGGAGACACAGCGUCGAAAGCAGUUCGCAAGCAAGUAUGGUUGAUGCGCAAAGCCCUGGAAACCGUCAAUCAACAAAGCGUGCAAACCUUCAUGAUAGCCGGCGAUCCAGACGGCGUCACCAAAGCAGAGGGAGUGAUAUCAUUCAAGACCACCUCGGAUAUCUAGCACCAAGCACUCGUGAUCAGCAGAGUGUACCGCAGCCAUGCAGUUCCAGAGAACAUCACGCCGACUAUAACAAUCUUCCGGCUCAUGAGAGCCACCCGAUUAAUCGUCACAACGACAAGCAGCCAUCUCCAAUCAUAUCUCAACAUUCGAGCAUGCUCCCACCACCAUCAAUGGAAAGCAGGCAUAGUCCUGCGCCCUCGGUAGGCAUGCAAAAUGGGACAGUUAGACAUGAUGCUCACCAAGAACGACGUCGAGACGGCCGAUCUCGUAGUCCAAGACGCGAUCGACUUCCCUCACGAGAUACACUAAGAUAUCGCGAUCGCGAAUCACACGAAAAAAAGCCGAGUGGGGCUCGCGAUGAGAGUCUUCGAGCCAGGGAAAGGAGUUGUCGACCGGAAGAAGAUAGAGGGCGCUGUAUGUAA